AUGGAUGGACCUAAUGGAAUAAGAUGUUCUUCUUUGGACAAUACAAGUGUAGUGCCCUUGCCCGUGGGAGGUUCACCGACUUCAGCAAACAGUUCCGACAAUUAUAUGUACGAUGAUUCGUCAAUGUCUGAUGGAAGCCUUUACGCUAGUGAUCAAGAAAAUUUAUCUACUCCACGAAGAAGAUCGGACUACAGACGGCUACACAGGCGUAGAUCUUCGUUGAGAUGCCCUCAGCAACAGAUCCAGCAAAGACAAGCAGCCAACCUGCGCGAGCGCCGACGGAUGCAAUCUAUAAACGACGCCUUCGAAGGCUUGCGAGCUCACAUUCCUACCUUACCUUAUGAAAAAAGGCUAUCGAAGGUGGAUACCUUGAAACUAGCCAUCGGCUACAUAAGCUUUUUGGGUGAACUGGUACGAGUCGACCGCUGUUCCUCGGAAACGAUGCUAUCGGGAGUAGCAAACUCGCACAAUAAGGAAGAACAAAAGAAAGUUAUUAUUAGAGGCGUUCCAACCGUUGAAGUGGAUAUGGUAACAGAACUUGGAUUAUUUCGCGUUGGUGUUCCAUCAACAGAUAAUAAAAAACUUGUUGAAAGCAUACAACUCCGAGAUAAUAACCCAGCAGAGUACCACGGCAUGGGUGUUACGAUGGCUGUCAAAAAUAUUAACACAAUUAUAGCACCUGAACUUAUUAAGCAAAAUCUUGAGGUCACUAUGCAAAAAGAAAUAGAUCAAUUCAUGAUCGCCCUCGACGGCACUGAUACCAGAUCGAGGCUUGGUGCCAAUGCAAUCACGGCUGUUUCCUUGGUAGUGGCCAAGGCUGGAGCAGCUAAGAAGGGAGUACCCCUGUACAGACACAUCUCUGACAUGGCAGGAGUUACUAGUAUCAUACUGCCGGUACCGCACUUUACAAUUUUGACAGGAGGAAUAUUAUCCUCUAACGGACUGCCAUUUCAAGAAUACUUGAUAAUGCCUACUGGAGCGGCUUCCUUUGCAGAGGCGAUGCGUAUUGGCACGGAAAUAUAUACGUAUGUCAAAAAAAUUAUAUUAUCCAAAUACAACAUCGAGACUGCGUAUGUAAGCGAUAAUGGGGGCUUCUCAAUUCCGCUACAAAGUCACAGAGAUGCUCUUCUCUUUCUUACUGAUGCAAUCAAACAAUGUGGGUAUUUUACUAAGGCUGAAAUAUCAAUUAAUGCGGCCGCAUCGGAUCUGUAUAAAGACGGAGCAUAUGACUUAGAAUUUAAAAAUCCUAAUUCAAAUCCUCAGGAAUAUAUGUCAUCUGACAAACUAGCCGAGGUAUAUUUGGACAACAUAAAAGAAUUCCCAGUAUGUUCUAUUGAAGACGCUUUCGAAUAUGACGACUGGUCAGCAUGGUCCCAGCUUACAACUCGCACUCCUGCUCAGCUCUUUGGCAACGAUCUAACACAGACCAACCUUAGACGAGUUGGUCUUGCUAUCGAGAAAAAGGCUGGCAAUACGAUUGGUUUGCGAAUAAAUCAAGCGGGCACUGUGACCGAAGUUAUUGAAUGUUAUAAGAUUUUGAAAACUGCUGGAUUCGGUGUGGUUAUCUGUGAUAGAUGGGGGGACACUAACGAUUUGUUUCUGGCUGAUCUGGUGGUAGGAUUGUCCGUUGGCCAGAUCAAAUGUGGAGCGCCAGUGCGCGGCGAACGAAUUGAUAAGUACAACCAAAUUCUAAGAAUAGAAGAAGAGUUGGGAGCGCUUUCUAAAUAUGCCGGUAAAAACUAUCGCGGACAACUGAAUUGA